CGAGCACUGUCGCAAUUAGACAUUGGCUGCUGUAAACUUGCAUCCUGUUGGGAAAAGCAGCGUGGAUAGAGAGCAGCCCUGACUGAUUAAUGCCCAUCGGCAGCACGGACGCCCACGGACUUAACGUAUCGAGAGAAAGCGGUCACUGAGGAUGUUUAAAAAAUUUGAUGAAAAGGAAAAUGUUUCUAACUGCAUUCAGCUGAAAACGUCCGUUAUCAAAGGCAUUAAAAACCAACUGCUGGACCAGUUCCCAGACAUCGAGUCAUGGCUGAACCAGAUCAUGCCGAAAAAGGAUCCGGUGAAAAUAGUGAGAUGCCAUGAACAUAUUGAAAUCUUGACGGUAAAUGGAGAGCUGCUCUUCUUCAGACAGAGGGAAGGGCCCUUCUUCCCCACACUCAGACUUCUGCACAAGUAUCCCUUCAUACUUCCACAUCAGCAGGUCGACAAAGGGGCCAUCAAGUUUGUUCUCAGUGGAGCCAAUAUCAUGUGUCCUGGCCUCACGUCACCAGGAGCUAAACUGUACCCAGCUGAGCCCGAUACUGUUGUUGCCAUAAUGGCGGAAGGCAAGAAACAUGCGCUUUCUGUUGGCGUGAUGAAAAUGUCCUCGGAAAACAUCGAGAAAGUUAACAAGGGCAUCGGUAUUGAGAACGUCCACUACCUGAAUGACGGCUUGUGGCACAUGAAGACCUACAAGUGAUGUCCACGUCCAGACCUCAACCACCAGGACAGUGCGAAGCAGCCCCAUGUUAAAUGGACUACUGUUUACAUCAAUGACCUAGUAAUUAACUACACCUCUCAUUUGAUCUUUGUCACGUAAUAAAUGCUUGCAUUCAGCCCAUA